AUGUACGUUUAUAAAAGAGACGGUCGUAAAGAACCUGUCCAAUUUGAUAAGAUCACUGCUCGUAUAUCACGCUUAUGCUAUGGUUUAGACCCAAAACAUAUCGACGCCGUUAAGGUCACCCAACGUAUCAUUUCUGGUGUCUACGAAGGUGUCACAACAAUCGAACUAGACAACUUAGCCGCAGAAACAUGUGCGUACAUGACCACUGUUCAUCCAGAUUACGCUACCUUAGCUGCUAGGAUCGCCAUUUCUAAUUUACAUAAACAAACUACGAAACAAUUUUCUAAAGUUGUCGAAGAUCUUUAUAGAUACGUCAACGCCGCUACUGGUAAGCCCGCUCCCAUGAUUUCUGACGAUGUCUACAAUAUUGUCAUGGAAAACAAGGAUAAAUUAAACUCUGCAAUUGUCUAUGACAGAGAUUUCCAGUACAGUUAUUUUGGUUUCAAAACUUUGGAACGUUCUUAUUUACUAAGAAUCAACGGUCAAGUGGCCGAACGUCCACAACACUUAAUUAUGAGAGUCGCACUGGGCAUCCACGGCAGAGACAUCGAAGCGGCUCUAGAAACAUAUAACUUAAUGUCUCUAAAAUACUUUACUCAUGCCUCUCCAACUUUGUUUAAUGCUGGUACUCCAAAACCUCAAAUGUCCUCUUGUUUCUUGGUCGCCAUGAAGGAGGACUCUAUCGAGGGUAUUUACGACACUUUGAAAGAAUGUGCUUUGAUUUCCAAAACUGCUGGUGGUAUUGGUCUACAUAUCCAUAAUAUUCGUUCAACUGGUUCUUACAUUGCUGGUACAAACGGUACCUCUAACGGGUUAAUUCCCAUGAUUCGUGUUUUUAAUAACACCGCCCGUUAUGUCGACCAGGGUGGUAACAAAAGACCUGGCGCCUUUGCCCUGUACCUGGAACCAUGGCAUGCUGAUAUUUUUGAUUUUAUUGAUAUCAGAAAGAACCACGGUAAAGAAGAAAUUCGUGCAAGAGAUUUGUUUCCUGCUCUAUGGAUUCCUGAUCUUUUCAUGAAGCGUGUUGAAGAGAAUGGGACUUGGACUUUGUUCUCUCCAACAGCCGCUCCUGGUCUAAGCGACUGUUAUGGCGACGAGUUUGAAGCUCUAUAUACCCGCUACGAAAAAGAAGGUCGUGGUAAGACCAUUAAGGCUCAAAAAUUAUGGUAUUCCAUUUUGGAAGCACAAACUGAAACGGGUACACCUUUUGUCGUUUAUAAGGAUGCUUGCAACAGAAAGUCUAACCAAAAAAACUUAGGUGUUAUCAAGUCAUCAAACUUAUGCUGUGAAAUUGUUGAGUACUCAGCUCCGGACGAAACUGCUGUUUGUAACUUGGCUUCUGUUGCCUUGCCAGCAUUCAUUGAAACGUCAGAGGACGGCCAAACUUCUACAUACAACUUCAAAAAAUUACACGAAAUUGCCAAAGUUGUUACUCGUAAUUUAAACAGAGUUAUUGAUCGUAAUUACUACCCUGUUGAAGAAGCGAAAAGAUCCAAUAUGAGACAUAGACCAAUUGCUUUGGGUGUUCAAGGUUUGGCUGACACUUUCAUGUUGCUACGUUUACCCUUUGAUUCUGAAGAGGCCCGUUUACUAAAUAUCCAAAUCUUUGAAACAAUUUAUCAUGCCUCUAUGGAAGCUUCUUGUGAACUAGCUCAAAAGGACGGACCAUACGAAACCUUCCAAGGUUCUCCAGCUUCUCAAGGUAUACUUCAGUUCGAUAUGUGGGACCAAAAACCCUACGGCAUGUGGGAUUGGGAUACUUUGAGGGAAGAUGUCAUGAAGCAUGGUAUUAGAAACUCUUUGACCAUGGCACCAAUGCCUACUGCAUCCACGUCCCAAAUAUUGGGUUAUAAUGAAUGUUUUGAACCAGUUACCUCCAAUAUGUACUCCCGUCGUGUCUUAUCCGGUGAAUUCCAAGUUGUGAACCCUUACUUACUACGCGAUUUGGUUGAUUUAGGUAUUUGGGAUGAGGGUAUGAAACAGUAUUUGAUUACACAGAACGGCUCCAUUCAAGGUUUACCAAAUGUUCCACAAGAAUUGAAGGAUUUAUACAAAACUGUCUGGGAAAUUUCACAAAAGACUAUCAUUAACAUGGCAGCCGAUCGUUCUGUUUAUAUCGAUCAAUCUCAUUCAUUGAAUUUGUUCUUGCGUGCCCCAACUAUGGGUAAGCUAACAAGUAUGCAUUUUUACGGGUGGAAGAAGGGAUUGAAGACCGGUAUGUACUACUUGAGAACCCAAGCCGCAUCUGCUGCGAUUCAAUUUACUAUUGACCAGAAGAUCGCCGAUCAAGCUACUGAAAACGUUGCUGAUAUCUCUAACUUAAAGCGUCCCACAUAUAUGGCUUCCAGUGCAAGCUACGCUGCCAGCGAUUUUGUGCCUGCAGCCGUAGCUGCAAAUGUAACUAUUCCAUCUUUAGAUAGCUCCUCAGAAGCUUCAAGAGAGGCAUCACCAGCUCCAACAGGUAACCAUUCAUUAGCUAAAGGAAUUGCUGAGUUGAAAGUCCAAGAGUCUAAGGUAGAAGUUCCUGAAGUACCCGCCCCAACAACGAAUGAAGAAAAAGCUGCCCCCAUCGCAGAUGAUGAGGAAACGGAGUUCGACAUUUACAACUCUAAAGUUAUAGCAUGUGCUAUUGAUAACCCAGAAGCCUGUGAAAUGUGUUCCGGUUAA